GUACUAAUUCCUGACGCCAGGCCUAUUUCUACCAAAGGUUACACACAGAGAUCAGCUGAUGCUCUAAUGAAUCUCCCGCAGAAAACAGGUGGAGAUUAUGACACAUUACUAUGAAACCAUACGGAAGAACGAAAGGUUUACAAAUCUUCUUAAUUGGGUUCUCAGAAACUGAUCAGACAUCAACCGUGUUUUCUGAAGUCCCUCUUGUAAGUGGACCCGUCCCAGCGUUAAGAAAAGCUCCUCUUGCAAGGAAUUAUCUCCAUGCGCUUGUGUUAGGCGCCAUAGCGUGGAAGUUGGGUUACACCUGUGUAUCGCUGGCUUAUAGCUCCGUGUGUUUGCUCGGAAGAGGGUGCUGCCUUGCCAAAGAUAGCUGAGUGCUACAGGAUCGAAUUUCUAUGGCUGAUGCAAAGAAUUUGGCUAUGUCGUUCUCGGAGAUCCGGCCAUGACGCAGAAACUGCAGUGAAGGAAAUACUGGCUUCUUAUUGGAGGAAUUGUUGUAGGUCAUGUGAUUUGUCCGAUUCAAUGUUGGUACACGGUCGUGGAAGUAUGUUGACGACUCACAGCAACAGUUUGUGUAGUUCGUGUUGUUAAUUGCGAAUGUUCGUGACCGAGUUCAAUAGAGGAUGGUAACAGAUCGAAGUGUUUUCCCUCAGUGAAACUUGCAAGGGCUUGUGUUUGUAACUGUUACUUAUAUCUCAUAUAGUGAACACUGGGAUAUGAGUGACCAGUAUCUGAGCGUGGUACCCCAGAGUGGUACCACGACUAACACCCAUUCCCGGUCGUCUUCUUUCAGAAAUCGCCCCAGACCCAAACUGAGCCUUAAGAUCGACUCCAGGCCUAGAUCGGACAGCGUGCCACAAAUAUAUCUAUCUGUUGCGGAUUCUGACAACGACAUCAGGACCGAAAAUGCCUACGACGACAGCAACAGUGCACAUCAAGGGGGAGGACUCUGCAGAGUCCGAUCGUUCAAGAAGACAUCCAAAGGGGUCUUAAACGUUGGAGACAAAUUCAAAAGUAAAAGCACAAACAGUUUAAAGUCUGGUGGCAGUUUCAUAAAUCUACAUGAAACUGACAAAAAACCGUCACGAGCAACCAGUAUGACAUCGAUGGACAGUGGAGCAUCAUCAGCUCCAUCUUUCUUCCGGGUCAUGGUUCUCGGGUCUGACGGGGUCGGAAAAUCUACGCUUAUUAGACAGUUUAUGACGUCAGAGAACUUAGGACCAUACGAGCCAAGAACACCUAUCGGCGAGCCGGAAACGACAGUAUCUGUGCUUCUGGAUGAAGAGGAAUCGGUGCUAGAAUUUGUUGACAACGCCUUGAUGGGUGACAUCGAUGCAGUGAAACCUGACUGUUUUCUUGUUGUGUUUUCACUAACCGACAUCACAACUUUUGAAAUGGCCAAAAACUUGGUUCGUCACAUUCGAACCGACCUCGGAAACAACUGUGCCAUCAUCAUGGUCGCCAAUAAGACCGACCUUGUGCGGCGGAGGCACAUAUCUGAAAGAGAUGCCAUAUCUAUUGCUUGCAAAUACGACUGCAAGUACGUGGAGAUUUCUAUUGCCUUGAAUCACCGAGUGGAUGACCUUAUUGUUGGGAUCCUCACCCAGAUCCGACUCCGGUUGCGGCCAGACAGAGACAAGGCCCUGGACAAAAGACGCAACAAGAUGUCACGUCCCAAGAAAAUCAUGACAAACCUUUUCAGCAAACUGUUCAAAAUCGGCCAUACAUCCGAAACGCAAAGAUGCGAGGAUCUUUUUUCUUGAGCAAUACAACUCGUGUGGUGAUGGUGAUAUUCAACCGAUUUCGUUACAGAAUAUCUGUUCACUGGAGUCAACCAUUGGAGUGGUGGAUGUGCCAUCGCUGGUACGUCUUGGUCAUGAUGUGACGACCGUGACAAAUAUGAGACCUUGACGUUUUCGUUUCUGUCCAUGUGGUUUUGGAAACUACGAAAAGGAUAUCAUCGUAGUCAGUUUUCAGAUAAUUUUCAAUGCGUUUUGGCCAAAACAUGACCUUAUUUCCUUUUUCAAACAUAUUUGUGAGCAAUUGCUUUAAUACUUCACAGUUGUAUUUACGGUGGCAGUUUAAAUGAACACUUGCUCAGAUGUGUUUGCAUUCUUUAUUUCAGUGUGGAUUUACUACUGUGCUGCCGUUAUGAUAGUUUCAGUGCUGGUAACGACCCUUGUGUCCUUUUCCCCAUCUCCACAAAAUACUAUCAAUAUUGGACGAGACAUUGACAUGCUAGACACUCCAACAACUAAUUGGUGUAAAUAGAAGCUACUUUUUUCCUUGUACGGUUUUGAUAAAAUGUUACUUUAUAUGUUUUCUUAAGUUGUGUUUUCUUUUGGUUUUUCGAUGAUUCUCUUUGUUUCUCAUUUUAUGUUAUUCCUAUAUCCAAAGGCAGAUGUAAAUGUGAUAAUGUAUACUACUUUCUUUUUUCUGUGCAGAUAUAUUAUUGUUUUGUUUAAUUGGGCUUGAGAUGAACCCGAUAGGAUUAUAUAGAUGAAAAGAAAGAAAUUUAAUCAAAUUGUAAAAUUAAAAUUCUGGUAAAUAGUUUUGUUCUUUAAACAAGUCGGGAUGAAAAGAAAAUAUUAUCUUUCCAUUUUACAUUAGAGUGUUCAAUGCAGUUUGAAAGAGACGAAAGAUUUAGGUGUCACUUUUAUUAAGACCCAAAGGCGAAUUUCCCUGGUCGGUUUUACUAAAGGUUAUUGUGAUGUAAUACUAAUUUAUAUUAUCACAGUGACUUUUGUUUUUGGGUAUAAUCACUGCAAGUAUUCACAUACAUCUGUUCCCUGUGUGAUGCGGCAUUUUUCUGUCAAUGCCAUUCCAAUUACAUCAAUAAUCCAGAUAUUUCUGACACCAUCUGGAAUAGUCAUACCACAAACUUAUUCAUAACCGCCAGUAGUGAUAUCAACAUCAGUUUAAGAUAUCAGAAAUUCAAAAUUCGAUUCAUGGAAUAAGUCGCGAAACUGAAAGAGGAAGCUAACUGCCAUUGACGUGAACAACAUUCCCGUUUGUUUCAAUUCCGCUGUGUUGCAAUGCGUACACCCAGAUGACUGUAUGUGUGUGCAUGACAAUCAUUCAGUACCUUCCAUCGAAUUGUGAGUUCUUUCUAAAUGCUCCGAGGUA